AUGGUUGAUAAUUUGAAGCGUUUCGGUGUGAUAUCAUCGAAGCGAGUAGCUCAAGUUAUGGAGGCAUUGGAUAGAGGUCUCUUUGUACCAGUCGGAUCUCCAGCUUAUGCUGACACUCCCAUCCCCAUUGGUUACAAUGCCACCAUUUCCGCUCCGCAUAUGCACGCCACGUGCCUCCAACUCCUGGAAGAUAAGCUCCAGCCUGGGAUGCGCGCUUUGGAUGUUGGCUCAGGAACCGGGUACUUGGCUGGCUGUUUUGCUCUCAUGGUUGGAGCUGAGGGCCGCGUUGUUGGAGUGGAGCAUAUCCCUCAACUGGUUGAUAUGUCUAUCAAGAAUAUUGAAAAGAGUGUCGCUGCUUCCUUGCUCAAGAAAGGUUCUCUCUCCCUACAUGUUGGUGAUGGAAGAAAAGGUUGGGAAGAGUUUGCGCCAUAUGAUGCGAUACACGUAGGAGCAGCUGCAUCAGAAAUCCCUCAGCCCCUUUUGGACCAGUUAAAACCCGGUGGGCGAAUGGUGAUUCCAGUAGGAACCUAUUUUCAAGAGCUCAAGGUAGUUGAUAAAAGCGAGGAUGGUUCCAUCAAGGUACAUACCGAAACAUCAGUGAGGUAUGUACCCCUCACCAGCCGCGACGAACAGUUGGGAGGAUUUUGA